AUGCCUUAUACUCCACCUUCCCAACGGUCUCCUGCCAACUCUUCUUCUCAUUCCCCUGCUAUCUCCAGACGCUCCUCAUACCAACAAAGUCAUCAAACCCCAACUCCAAGACCGGAGUUGCCAAGAUCCACAUCAUACCUCACUAGACAUAGGCGUACUCCUUCGGUUAAAUCCACCACUUUUGCCACAGCACUAGAGCCAACACCUCCGGGUACAGCAGAUGGUGAGAAGGGUCAUGAUACAAAUAGUAGCUUGACUGCCUCAAGCAGUCUUCGACAAUCACCUCCACCUGUAACGGACGAAACUAAGAUGCCUGUUGGUGUAGUCAUGUCACCACCUGACUCAACUCAGAACUCUGAUGAAGAGGAUAGUGGAUCAAGAGGGAGGAAGUUGGAGAAUCUAGAGGAGUUACAUGCUGCUAUCAGAAUUAUCGAACAACACCGAGAGAAUUCACCCAUCAGGACGACAUCGGAGAUAGAAAAACUUACCCAGGCAAUAUCUGUUUUACCUAUCAGCAAGGAUACAAAGGAUACAAAGGAUAAAUCGAUGAUGGAACACAUGGAAUCAUCUCAACCUCCUCCAGGACCUCCUCUUCGAAAGAUUCAACAUACCAGAUCAAGUACGGAAACAGUCUUCCUCGAUCUAAGAAGCAGUCAAAGCCACCAGUCGGCACCCGAAACACCUACCACAGGCUCUGAUGAUGAGUUAAGUGACGGGGAAGCAGAGAUGGCUAGAAGGAAGCCUCCGAUGCUUAGGAAAAAGUCGGGAGAACUUGUUAGACCAGCUCUGCGACCAUCCUCUGCUAGACGGCGCCCAUCUUCCAUGCCUGGCACACCUACGUUUUCCAAAGCCGUUCAUUUCGACUCACACCUCGAACACGUACGUCACUUUCUUCAAGUCGAUCGACCUCUCGCCGUCAGUGCCGGUUCUUCUCCCGUGGAAGCAUACGAAAGUGAUUCUGAGUUUCCAUUUGGUAAUGAUGAUGAUGACUCCAAUAACAGAGGGCCACCAUUUGAAUGGGAGAUUGUCAUUUCCAACUUUCCUGCCAUGACUGCACAACGAGCAGUGAUGCCUAUCAGAGUUGAGAGAGUUUUCUUAUCCGCAGAUAAUAAGAACUUGAUCGGAACUGUGGCUGUUGCCAACUUGGCAUUCAACAAACUGGUUAUAGCUAGAUUCACAUUGGAUUACUGGAAGACCACGUCGGAAGUUGUUGCUGAAUACAACAAUGACAUUCGUCAACCCAAACAUACGGAUGGAUGUGAUCGUUUCAAUUUCAACAUCAAGCUUGCUGAUCAAGCGAACCUCGAAGCCAAGACCAUGUUCUUUUGUGUGAAGUAUUAUGUCAAUGGUUUGGAAUACUGGGACAACAACAACUCGACCAACUUCCAAAUCGAUUUCCGAAAGAAGGCGAAGCCACAAAGUGGAAAGAGAGGCUCAUCAGGAGCAGCAUCAAAAUCAGCUAACUCAUUACCGAGAAGUAACAAGAAGUCACCGCCGACUGCUUCAAUGAAGAAGUCUGCAACCUUCGAUGACUUCUCGAAUGACUUCGAUUCGAAAUAUUUGAGCACCAACUUCAAACUGCCAGUCGCAGAUUACCUUGGAGAAUCAAAUAUAGUAAGAUUGAAGGGAGUCAAAUCUGCUGUCACCUUGGCAUCUGAUAACCGCAGUCGACGUGCAACAAUGAACACGAACGCAGCCGGUGGUCAAGCCUUUGGUCACAGAUAUGACUUCGGUGCAUCUCUUAAUGCUGCUAUAAGUGCCGCUAAUUCUUCCCUUGGUGAUAAGAGUGGUAUUACGAUGAAGUCAAAGAACCUAGCACUAGAGAGUGAACCGAGAAAGAUUAUCAAUCGUGAUGAACAAGUAUCACCACUCUCAAUGUCGGCUCCAAUGACUUUUGACAAAUCCUCUCCCACCAAGACUUUGCCUACUGUGAACACAACCACCAGUGGAACAGAUUCACCAAGACCCGUUGGUACUGAGAAGCCCGUACUGGCAUCACAAUCAUACAACGAACUUCUCGACAAGUAUUGCUUCUUUGGGUCAGUGAAGAACUCGCCACAAUUGAAAGAUGGUACUGCGAGACCUGGUCAGUUUGAUGGAAAUAAUGAUGAUGGUUACUCCUUUGGUUCCUCGGAUUCUACAGCUAGCAACUCACCAACCACCAUGACACACAUGGAUACUCGACCUUCCUUCCAAUCACCUGAAGUAAGCCCUCAGGGGACUCGUUCUACAUCGCCUGCUCCCAUGACGGGCUUUGUUUCGGGUACGUCUCCGAUGUAUCCUUACCACACGCAUGGUGGUUUUUCAUUCAACGACACUCAUCCAGCAACAGCAAUUCGAGGUUGA